AUGGUUGAUGAGAAGCUGGCCAUGGCUGGUAAAGAAGAACAGAUCCAGCUAGAAUUCCGAAGGAGCAGACCCAGACCGUACGGGUUGGUGAUUCCCAUCAGCACCAACGCAGAUGGAAGCUACGUCUCCAAUAUCCUCUCUGCCACUCACCAGAGGAGGUGGGCGCGGGAGGCAUCCCAGAGCCCCAGACAGCUGUAUUUUAACGUCACCGCCUUCGGGAGGGAAUUCCAUCUCCGGCUGAAGCCCAACACGCGCCUGGUGGCCCCCGAGGCCGUGGUGGAGUGGUACGAAGACUCUGUGCAAACAGGGAAGGAUGCUGGGAACGGGAGCCAGGCUGGAACCUCUGCCCAGAGGCUGUGGAAAAGGGAACCCCUCUGGACCAACUGCGCCUACGUGGGGGACAUCACCGACAUCCCCGGGGCUUCCGUGGCCAUCAGCAACUGUGAUGGGCUGGCUGGAAUGAUAAGAACCAAUAAGGAUGAGUACUUCAUCGAGCCUUUGGAGAGAGGAAAGCAGAUGGAGGAGGAGAAGGGAAGGAUCCACAUGGUGUACAGGCGCUCAGCUGCUGUGCAGCAUCCCACCGACCUGCUCCCUGAUGUCCACAGAGAAGGACCUCUGCUGGGUGGCCCUGGAGAGCUGAGCUCCCUGUUGGGCAGCGCCGAGCAGCAGCUGAACGACACCCUGCGGCGACGCCGGCACGCGGGGGACGACGACUACAACAUCGAGGUGCUGCUGGGGGUGGAUGACUCCGUCGUCCGGUUCCACGGCAAAGAACACGUGCAAAACUACCUCCUCACCCUCAUGAACAUUGUGAAUGAAAUUUACCACGAUGAAUCCCUGGGUGUUCACAUAAAUGUCGUGCUGGUCCGGAUGAUCAUGUUGGGGUAUGCGAAGUCCAUUAGCUUGAUUGAAAGGGGGAACCCCUCGAGGAGCUUGGAGAAUGUUUGCCGCUGGGCAUAUCAGCAGCAGAAGUCGGACCCCAACCACUCUGAGCACCACGAUCAUGCCAUCUUCUUAACCAGGCAAGAUUUUGGGCCUGCUGGUAUGCAAGGAUAUGCUCCUGUUACCGGCAUGUGUCACCCAGUCCGAAGCUGCACCCUCAACCACGAGGACGGGUUUUCAUCCGCUUUUGUUGUUGCUCAUGAAACUGGUCACGUGCUGGGGAUGGAGCACGACGGGCAAGGGAACCGCUGCGGGGACGAGACGGCCAUGGGCAGCGUUAUGGCUCCCCUGGUGCAGGCCGCCUUUCAUCGCUACCACUGGUCCAGGUGCAGCGGCCAAGAACUCAAAAGAUACAUACACUCUUAUGACUGUCUUCUUGACGACCCUUUCGAACACGAUUGGCCCAAGCUUCCCGAGCUGCCAGGCAUCAAUUACUCCAUGGACGAGCAGUGCCGCUUUGAUUUUGGCGUGGGCUAUAAAAUGUGCACAGCGUUCCGAACCUUUGACCCGUGCAAGCAGUUGUGGUGCAGCCACCCAGAUAACCCCUAUUUCUGUAAGACUAAGAAGGGACCUCCACUCGACGGGACAGAAUGUGCCCCUGGAAAAUGGUGCUAUAAAGGUCACUGCAUGUGGAAGAACGCAAACCAGCUGAAGCAGGAUGGCAACUGGGGACCCUGGACAAAAUUCGGCUCCUGCUCCCGAACCUGCGGAACCGGAGUUCGCUUCCGAACACGCCAGUGCAACAAUCCAAUGCCCAUCAACGGAGGUGAAGAUUGUGCCGGUGUCAAUUUUGAGUUUCAACUUUGCAACACAGAGGAGUGUCCCAAGCACUUUGAGGACUUCAGGGCCCAGCAGUGUCAGCAGCGCAACUCCCACUUCGAGUAUCAGAACAGCAAGCACCACUGGCUGCCCUACGAGCACCCUGACUCUAAUAAGAGAUGUCACCUGUACUGUCAGUCCAAGGAGACUGGAGAUGUUGCCUACAUGAAGCAGUUGGCACACGACGGGACUCGCUGCUCCUAUAAGGAUCCCUACAGCAUCUGUGUCCGCGGGGAAUGCGUGAAGGUGGGUUGUGACAAGGAGAUCGGCUCCAACAAGGUUGAGGACAAGUGUGGUGUCUGCGGCGGGGACAACUCUCAUUGCCGAACGGUGAAGGGAACCUUCACCCGCACUCCCAAAAAGCUCGGGUACCUUAAGAUGUUUGACAUCCCUCCCGGUGCUCGACAUGUGUUUAUCCAAGAAGACGAGGCUUCUCCUCACUUUCUUGCAAUUAAGAACCAGGCUACAGGACACUACAUUCUGAACGGGAAGGGGGAGGAGGCCAGAUCCCGGUCCUUCAUCGACCUGGGCGUGGAGUGGGAGUACAACAUCGAAGAUGACAUUGAAACCCUCCACACGGACGGGCCCUUGCACGAUGCGGUGGUUGUGCUGAUCAUUCCUCGGGAGAACGACACAAGAUCCAGCCUGACUUACAAAUACAUCAUUCACGAGGAUUCGGUACCAACCAUCAACAGCAACAACGUCCUGCAGGAGGAAACAGACACCUUUGAGUGGGCCUUGAAGAGUUGGUCGCAGUGCUCCAAACCCUGCGGUGGAGGGUUCCAGUACACCAAAUACGGGUGCCGCAGGAAGAGUGAUAACAAAAUGGUUCAUCGCAGCUUCUGUGAAGCCAGCAAAAAGCCAAAGCCCAUUCGUAGAAUGUGCAACCUUCAGGAAUGCACCCAGCCUCUCUGGGCAGCAGAGGAGUGGGAACACUGCACAAAGACCUGUGGGAGCUCGGGCUACCAGCUGCGCACCGUGCGUUGCCUCCAGCCCCUCCCCGACGGCGGGAACCGCUCGGUGCAUUUCAAGUACUGCGGGGGCGAGCGGCCCGACAGCCGCCGGCCCUGCAACCGCCUGCCCUGCCCGGCCCAGUGGAAGCCCGGGCCAUGGUCUGAGUGCUCGGUGACGUGCGGGGAGGGGACGGAGAGCCGGCACAUCUCCUGCCGCGCCGGAGACCACUGCCAGGGGGAGAAGCCCGACGCCGUGAGGGUUUGUAAACUGGCCCCCUGUAACGAUGAGCCCUGCAUGGGAGAUAAAUCUAUCUUCUGUCAGAUGGAGGUGCUUGCCCGUUACUGUUCCAUCCCUGGCUACAACAAGCUGUGCUGCGAGUCCUGCAGCAAGCGCAGCAGCACCCUCCCGCCCCCCUUCCUCACCCAAGCGGCCGAGACCGCCGAGGACGUGAUGUUUGAUGAGGGUGACCUGCCCAGGGCUCUGAUGAUGCCCACACCCCUAGUGCCCCACUCCGCACAGCUCCUGCCUGGAAGAAGUUCUCCAGGCAGGCUGGCUGAAGAGGAUGCCCAUACACAUGUCUCCCCGUCCAACACCAAGCCCAAAGGUGCUGAGUUUCCACAAUGGAGAGCUCCUCAAGCGAGGAAGACUUCUAGGCUGUUUGCUUGGCUGCACCAGUCACCUUCCAACAGCAGUGGUCUUGGUCCUCAUGGUGCCCUGGCCUUGGCAGCAGCUUUUCCCGUGGUGCCAGCUGAUAAAACCACAGCGGGUCCUCCUUCCCCACCGAGAUCCUCCAGGAAGAGCGAGAAGCACCUUGAGAAGAGGUGGCCUUCGAGGUCCUCCACUGUGGAAAGAUGAAGGCCUCGUGGAGGAAAGUCAUUGAAAGAGGCUUUGUUUUGGCGCUUUUGGGUUUAAUUUCCUUACUUCUGGACACUAUGGUGCGUGCUGCUUUCCACAAGCAGGACCCUGCAGGUCAUCCACUCGUUGUUCCUUGUAAAUACGACGAAGGAGAAGUGCUGGUUCACUUUCUAGUCGCUCCCGUCCUCCUCCCGUGCUGUGUUACCUGCCUGGCUUGAGACAGCCACGUAGGAAAGCACCAAAGAGCAUCCCAAACCACGAGCAGAAGUCGCCGAGGGCAUCACUCAGGCCCUGACCUCAUUAUUUUUUGGUUUUUAACACUCAACACACAGAAAACACCCCACGACAAGAGGUACCAGACGUUUACACUAGACAAAAUACUUUUUUUUUUUUUUGCAGUGGAACAACUGAACCCAUAGGACUUGUUUUGCUAAUUUAUCUAUAUAAACGGAUAUUGUAUGAGCAAAUUUGCAGCUGUUGUGUAAAUACUGUAUAUUGCAGAAAAUCAGUAUUAUUUUUAAGAGGUUUUUUUUUUUGUGCUGUCAGACAACUGUUUACCUACAUCGCGUUCUGGACAAGUAGAGGUGCCUGCCAUCCAGUACUGCCUUACUGACAUUCCAAGAGUUGAUUUUUAAUUUUAUUUUUUUUUUAAAAGCAGCAUUAUCAUAAAAGGAGGAGUUCCAUUUCCACAUGCCAUCUGCUGACACCAGGAAAAGGAGUUGGGGGUUUUCUUUUUUAGUAUCAACAACGUGAUGCUUUCUUUUGAAAUAGGGGUGGGGAAAAAAUUGU